GGUAGCAGAGGCAGGGCGCCGCCAUAGCGGGUUGGCGUUAAAAGCAAUGCCCUGGCCGGUUUGGCUCAGUGGUUCGAGCAUGGGCCUGCAGACCAGAAAGUCCCGGGUUCGGUUCUGCUAGGGGGCACGUACCAAAAAUAAAGCAAUAGGGCCGCUUGGCCACUGUGCAACUGGAAAAAACGAAGCAGGGAGGGCGCCGCCAUGACAACCUGACACCGGAAGAGGCGGGGCGCGCCUGCGGAUAGAUUCUACUGGCACACGCCUCGACAUGCAGGCGGCCUUGGAGGUCACUGCCCGGUACUGCAGCCGGGAGCUGGACCAGUAUGGCCAAUGUGUGGCCGCCAAGCCCGAGUCCUGGCAGCGGGACUGUCACCACCUCAAGAUGAGCAUUGCUCGGUGCACUUCCAACCAUCCAGUCAUCCGUCAGAUCCGCCAGGCCUGCUCGGAGCCCUUUGAGGCCUUCGAGAAGUGUCUUCAGCAGAAUGAGGCGGCAGUGGGCAACUGUGCGGAACACGUGCGCCACUUUCUGCAGUGCGCGGAGCAGGUGCAGCUGCCGAGCCCACCUGCAAGUGUGUAGGCGCUGCCAAUUUCUGCCUCCUGAGGACUCUUUGGACCCUAUGAAAACUGGACAGGAGUGACCAGACACUUAAUGACCCCAGUCCUGAAGAGUGACCAGAAGCUGUCCUGAGGGCCCUGGACGUGGGCCUAGUCUCUGGACAUUAGGACUCACAAUAAAUAAAGACUGUACACCAGGCUUUGAUUCCUGCCUUCAGCACUUGAGGGCCCUACAGAGCUGGCGGGGCAGAAACCCCAGCCCU